GUCGAUCUUUCCAAAGUUGCAGCCGUUCAGAACUGGUCGACACCGAAGAGUCCGUCCGAGGUUCGCAGUUUUCUCGAUUUGGCUGGUUAUUACCGCAGAUUCAUCGAGGGCUUCUCCAAGAUUGCCCUUCCUUUAUGCCAGCUGACGAGGAAGUCGGUGGAGUUCGAGUGGACUGAUCAUUGUGAAUCGAUCUUUCAGGAGCUCAAGAGGAGACUAACUUUUGCACCGGUGUUGACUAUUCUCGAUCCUUCUCGGAGUUUCACCAUUUUCAGUGAUGCUUCAAGACAGGGUUUGGGAUGUGUACUUAUGCAGGAGGGCCAGGUCGUUUCUUAUGCUUCACGCCAACUAAAGCCACACGACCAUAACUAUCCGACGCAAAACUUGGAGCUAGCUGCAGUUGUUCAUGCCCUUAAGAUUUGGCGACAUUAUCUGUACGGCGGUAGAUGCGAGAUUUUUACCGAUCAUAAGAGCCUACAGUACAUUUUCACUCAGCAGGAGCUCAACAUGAGACAGCACCGUUGGUUAGAGCUUGUCAAGGAUUAUGAUUGCACGAUCCAGUACCAUCCAAGGAAGGCGAAUAUUGUUGCCGAUUCCCUAAGCCGCAAGGUGAAGGGUGACUUGAUGUACGUUGUUACUCAGCAGAGUCAGUUGAUUCAAGAGUUUGCCCAGAUGCAGAUUCAGGUUGUUGACGCACUUCCUAUAGUUAUUUCGGGGAGUGUCAGUUCCAUGCAGGUUCAGCCGAUGCUGAGGGAGAGAAUCCGACGAGAGAAGGCUGCGGAUGAGUUCGUUCGUAUCAUUGAUGCCAAAGUCCGCGCUGGAGACAUCGAGGGUUUUUACCGAGGCACAGAUGGGGCCUUGGAGUUUCGCGGCAAGAUUGUGGUGCCAAAG